GGCUGCGCAUGCUCGGCUGGUUGCGGGGGUUUCGGUAGUGCAGGGGAGUCCCGCCUGGGUGUCGCGCAUGCGCCUGGGCUCUCGGUGCCCGGGCUGUCAAAAGCCCCAGGGGCGACAGUGUUGGACGGGGCACGCGGGAAGUCGAGCCGACCGGGAUUUUUUUUUAUUUUAAACCGACAACGUCUCUGUGUGGGCGAUGGAGGGAAGAGAGAGAGAGAAAAAAAACAAUGCUGAGAUGAAGUGGUGCCGGUUUUAAUCGGGGACGCGAUCGUUUUGUUGUGUUACCGCGGGCGGCGGAGGGAGGUGAAAAGCGGCGGUUGGAAACGUGCUCGAGGAUGGAGCGGGCGACUCGCGCGCGGCCGCCGCCCCCCGUGCUUCCCGCCGCCUACUUGUUGCUGCUGCUGCUGCUGGUGUUCCCCGGGCGGGCCCGGAGCCAGAGCGAGCCCCCGGACCACGACAGCGUCAAGGACGAGCUGGUGAUCGCCGCGGUGAAGGUGUCCUACGUGGACCGGGCCAGCGGGCAGCGGGUGCUGCUGCCCGACCGCGGCGAGGACAGCCGCUACGGGCGCGACUCGCCGAAGGAAGGGCUGGAGGGCGGCACGGUGCUGGUGCCCGCGCGGGCGCCCGGCAGAGCCCGCAACCUGCAGGGCUGCGAGCCGCGCACCCGGUUCGCGGUGCCGCCCGACACCCGGCGCUGGAUCGCGCUGCUCAGCCGGGGCAACUGCACCUUCAAGCAGAAGAUCCUGCUGGCGGCCGCCCAGAAGGCGGCGGCCGUGGUCAUUUACCACAACGUGUCGGGCGAGAAGCCCAUCACCAUGUCCCACGAAGGUAACUCGGCGGGGGGGCGAGGGGCGGGGGCCGCCUUAGCCAUAGCCAGCGCUCAGGUCAAGCCUAGAGCUGGUCCAGCAGCAGAGGGGCAGGGGCGAGUUCAGCUGGGAAGUGUCAGAGAUGCACUGGAGAGGAGGUGGGGGAUCUCCAACUGAGAGAUGGAUCGGAAUUAAACCAGCACAUUGAGAGAGAGGUGGGGAGGGGGCAAUUUACCCAGCAGGUGGACAUACAGGGAGUGUCUCAGCGAUAGUGGGGGUUAAAGGGAAGGAUAGAGGUUAAGUAAAGAAGGAGGCAUUCAUGGCCUGGAGGAUGUUAAGGAUAGUUGGACGUGCUGGUGAAUUUUAGUGGGUGGAAUGGAUUUAGCUUUGGAGGAGGUUACAGAUAUGGAGGUGACUCGAUUAGACUCCAGGCAACUGUGUGGAUGUAGAGCUGCAGAUCACCACAGAGACUACAUUGAGCAGGAGAUGGGGACAUUAAGGGGAAUCAAGGUUGUGGCACACUUAAUGCCACUUGUGACGCCUGGAGAAUAUUACGUCAAUAGGGAGCAUUGUAGAGACUGGAGAAUAUUACCGAGAUAUAGAAGAUGGCUUGGAUUGGAGAAUAUUACAGGAAUAGAGAGGGAGUAUAAAUAAAUAGAGAGGAAUGGAUAACCCUGCAAUGUGUGAAUAAUGUAGUGAGGAGCUAAACAUGGAGGGGGUAGGGGAGUUUAAAAAG